CUUCCCCCCCCCCCUCGACCAGGGUCGACAUCUUUGUGUAGCUGCGGGCUAGCUAGCUAGCUCGGCGGCUAGCGGACGAGCUAACGCGGCCGCGGCUUAUCCGCCGUCAAUACAAAGAUUGCGGAUGACAGCUGGCGUCUUGUGCGCAUUUGUUGAGUGUCGGUCGUGCUGUUGUUCCGUUUGCGGCGGCGACGAGCGGCCAGGUGCUAACUAGCUAGCCGAGGUUAGCGGGCUGCUCAUCGUUUCUGUGCAAAAUGGCGUUUUCGGCAAAGUCAAACAUGUUGUUCACCGGUGGGCUGUUUGCGGGAAGGGAGGCGCGCUCGCCGCGAGAAGGCCUCUUUCAUUUUGCGGGGACGGGACCGAACCCGGGCAGGCUCGUUUGUGACAGAGGCGGGAGGGAGCAACCGUGCUAACCGUGCGUAGAACAAAGCUCCGUAAAAUGGGAACCGUGCGGCGGGGAAGAUGCUCGGCUUUGUCCGGCAGAUGCGCGCUGGAGUCGGGCCAAGGUCAGGCGGCCCCCCGCGGCCCACUCUUCCGCUCCAUCUUUCCUCUUCGUUGGGCCAGCAAGUCGGUCAAAGAAGACGAGUGACAACUUUACACGCGCGUCAACAACACGUGGACGCAUAAUAAACCAGUUUAUUUCUUCUGUUGUGUUGUUGGCUUACAUGUUACCAUAGAAACACUGCUGGAGCAAAUAUCAAAGUUUAUGGUUGCGUUCGGAACCCUUCACUCAUUUCCUACUUUGUCGUUUUUAUAUGGUGGACCUAGUUCCCUAAAAAGUCCACCAAACAUCCUGUUGUAGUGAUUCGGGAGUGAAUGAUUCCAAAAGCAGUUAAUCAAUUAUCAUUCCCGACUCCCUAAUCACUCAAUAUACACUUUUACAGAGUGACCCAGAGAGUUCCCUCAAAAGUCCACUAAAAAAAAACCCGAUCCACGUCAGCUGGCGGAACUUCCCUGAGAAACAUUGAACGAGUAAAUCCGUUAUAAUCCCGUGAAAUAGUUUUUUCUUAAGUGUAUUUAGCAAAAUGAAUGCAAACAUUGCACUUUGUCCAUCCGUGUUGUGCUGUGUUGCUGUACUUGCGUCAAAUAUAUGUUCGCACUACAUCUCAUGCUGAAACUUGAAAUGGAAAAUGAUCGACACCUUGCGUCAUGGGAUGCAUUUGUAGCAAUGAUUUCCCAAAAGUGACCAUCCAAAUCCUGAAUGGCCAUUUCGGCGUGAGUACAAGGCACAGAGAGUUUUGAAAAUCGGAUGAUGGCUUCUGGAGAAAUGUUUUGUUUUUUUUUGCAUCCGGUCAUGAUCGUUUCCAACUAAGAAGCGUUUUGGAUUCCAGGUGAAACAUCUUCAACGAACCUCGAUGCGACCUUUGCCGAUCACAGUGGCGGUCGUGACCUGGCCGAUUAACAAUCUACGCGCACGUUAGAAAGAUGGCCUUUUUUUGGGAACAUUUUUGUGUGGUAGCGCCUAUUGAAAAUCUGGUCAAAAAACACCUCCACCUUCGAGAACUUGAUCAUUUCUCAACAUAUCUCCUCGAGCCUUUGGUUUUGCUCUGCGACACGGGGAAGCCCUUCUCCGACUGGCUACCAAGUUUCAGUUCAAAAUAUCCACCGACAAGAUCGUACGGUCGGAAACUCUCAGGGAGAAAUUCUCCAAGUGUGUGUGUGCGUCCCAAAAAACGUGAAGGUUUAAACGGCCCGAAAAACUCUAGCUAAAUAGACCAAAUGGAAAAGUGGAAUAGCUCGUGUACGUCGUCAGUCAGUCAUUGCUUUCCUGAAUGAAUUUGUUCUGGAGGAUUUUAGAGGCCUUUGAUGUAUUCAUUCCACGCGUUUUUUUGUUGUUGUUGAGAAAAUUCCACCAAGAUGGCAGCUACUUGUCACGUUGCUACAUAUAGUGGGCUAUAUAGUUGAAAGGAAAAAGAGUUUGGAACACUACUUAAUGACGUCACAACUUGCCAGAUCCACGUCGGCUGGUUGAGCUUCCCAAAUACUGCAUGAGUAAAUGCGCUAUAUUUGCAUUACAUUGUGUUACAUUUAUUGUACAAAAUGAAUACAAACAACUUAAUGGACAUCCGUGUUGAUGAUAUUUUUGGGCCAAAACUUGAAACCAAAUGUUUUCUUCUGGACCAGCACACUGCAUAAUGGGAUCAAGUCGAUUUUCUAUAACCGCUCACCGGCCACCUGCAAGGGGCGCGGCCCGAUUGGCCGUCGGGCAGACGAUGUCCGCCGGCGGCGCUCUCGACCGUUGAGCAAAGACUCUCCCGUGCCAAAGCCCCUCCCGCGAGUCCCAAUGGUUACCGGCGGUCGCACCGUGGCGACUCCCACCUGAAAACUGGCGCCAGAGUACUAUGGCAAUGCAUGAUAUGAGUCGUGCCAAGGGUUUCCCCUGUAAAGAAUGUGAUAUGGUCUGCCCCAGUACUCCAAGUCUUCUAGAACAUAUGAAAGCACAUUACCAGCAAGGAGAAAGCGCACGUUUUGAAUGCGAACAGUGUGGACGAAUUUACAAGCACGCGGCUAGCUUGGCCAACCAUAAAAAGUCUCACGAAGUGGGCUCCUUCCAGUGUCCCGUCUGUACCCGCACCCUGCCCAACGCGGUGGCCCUCAAGAAUCACCUUCGCAUACACACCUUGUCCCCAAGUAGCGCUCACGCCGAAGAAGAGAGCGAGGAGGUACCCGAGGAAGGAGCUCCUCACGAAAGGGACUACGCCCUGAGCCAGGACCUCUCGGACAGCUUCGGGCGCUCUCACUUGAACAACAGCGCCCUGCAGGGCCACGAAGGUAGCAAAAGUUCCCCCGAGUCGGACGACGCCUGGGACCGACCGUUCAAGUGCGACCAGUGCGACAGAACCUACCGGCACCACGGCAGCUUGGUAAAUCAUAAGAAGUGUCACCAGCAAGGAAGCUUCAAGUGCUCCGUGUGCUUUAAACAAUUUAGCAACCUGGCUGCCCUCAACAGCCACGAGAGAACUCACUCCAAGUUUAAGAGCCCCGCAGCGUCCAUGGUGAGCAGCGGCGGCGGCGGCGGCGGCCUCCACCAGUCUGAGCGCGGCGGGGGCGGGGGCGGGGGCGUGGGCGGCGGCGGCGGCUCUCAGGCCGCCCAGAGCGACAACGCCAACUCCUGCUUCUGCCACCUAUGCCAGAUUGCGCUUCCCACCAAGGCCGACUUCCAGGAGCACAUCCUCCUGCACAACACCACCUCGCCGUCCCUCGGACUGUCCCGGAGCUUUCCCGGCAUUAUGCCUCACAAUCUGAGCGCGGUUCGAUCUCCGGCGUACACCCCGGCUCUCGGGGACCCUCUUCCCCUGCCGCCUUUGCCCGGUGACAAAAGAGGUCCCUACGACCCCAUAAUGGGCCCUCCCGUCAACAAUCCCAUAUACACGUGCGCGUACUGCGGUGCGGGACAUCCUGACCUGGAGACCCUCAAAGUACACUACCUGACCCACGACCCCAACCCCGCCUCCCACGGCCAGGACAGCUCCAUACUCAACUCGGAGACACUAAGCGCCGCUUCUCAGGGCUCGGUCUCAUCUUCUUCCGGAGACCACGUGGAGCAGUCCGGUUCUCCGGAGGACGGCGAGCGGCGCUUCAAGUGCGGCGAGUGCGGCAAGAGCUACCGGCACGCGGGCAGCCUGGUCAACCACAAGCGCUGUCAUCAGACGGGCCACUAUCAGUGCACCGUCUGCUGUAAGCAGUACCCCCACUUGGCAGCGCUGCACAGCCACCUGCGAAGCCACAAGGGGCGCUCCGCCAACCAGCCCCUGGGCGACGGCAAUGACUGGUUAUCUCCGGAGCCGCUGACGCUGGACUCUCAGCAGAGCUACGUGCAGGAGAGCAGCGGCGCCACUACGCCCAUUUCACUGCCAGGAAACCUCGCGGACCCUGCCCACUUCGGACCGGAUGGGGGUCACGGCAGCGCUUUGGAAUCGCUCGAGUUCCACGACCGCUUCGACGGAGGCUCCUCCGCGCACCGGCAGGCCGACCGCCACGUGUGCGCCGACUGCGGCGAGAUGUACGCUGACGUGUCUGGUAUCAAGUCGCACAUGUGCCCCCGCCGUGGUCAACCGCCGCCACAGCAGCAGAGUAACAUGUCGAAUGGUUUCAUAGGCAACAUAAACUAUCACAACUCCAGCAGCGGCUCCGCAAUGGCCUCCGGCAGUCUGAAGGAGGGGAGCGGUCAGCGACAGUACGCCCCGACCGGCGGCAAGCGGAUGGGAAACGCCGACAAGGAUGACGACGACGGGGAAGUCUACCAGUGCUCCGUGUGCGGGAACCAUUACGCCAGCCUCCGAGCCCUGCGCAGCCAUCUGCGAAGUCAUGCCAACAAUCCCUCCGGUCCCGGACCGUCCAGCCUGGAGCAGGACUGGAGGAUGAUCUGCUCCACAUGUGGCCAAAGCUUCUCCAGGAAGCAAGACCUUCUAAAUCACCAACUAGUCCACGGUCCCCAGAGGCCGGACGGCCAACAACAGGGCAUCGGCGGAUCUUCAGCCAAUGGCGGCGACAAGAUGGAUGGGCGCAGCCACAUUUGCGUAGACUGCGGCAUGUUCUUCGCCGACCGUCACCACCUUAUCACCCACCUGUGUCCCGGUAAGAAUCGGGCCAGCACGCUGAGUAAGCAGGGCCUCAAUGGAGCCAAAGGGAUGUCCGGAGGGGAGGGCAUUGCGGGCGGAAGUCGUGACGUGGCGGGGAACGGGCGGCGGGCGAUGGUAGACCAAAGUGACAAACCCCACAAGUGUGACCAGUGUGGGCGAGGCUACAGACACCCGUGCUCCCUCCUCAACCACAAAAAGUCCCACAAGACAGGCGUGUUCCGCUGCUUGGUGUGUCAGAAGCGUUACUACAACCUGCUGGCCCUCAAGAACCACCAGAGGACCCACUUUGACCUCAAGAGGCACAAGUGUGAAGAAUGCGGAAAGGCCUUCAAGAUCCAAAAGCAGCUGAUUAACCACCUCCGUCUCCACGAGGAACACCGGGCCAAAGGUCUGGUCCGGACCGGCCCCAACGGCUCGCGAUACCAGCAACCCGGCCCCUCUCAGAUGCAGAGCAUGCGAGGGGAGUCGUCGAAGGGCCCCGCGAUGGGCGUCAAAUACGCUCACCAGGGCUUCAAGAAGCCCUACUCGUCCGCGGGAACGUCCAGGCCCCAGAAGUUCGACCCGGCCGAGAGCGGGCGGCGGCCUUUCACCUGCGAGGAGUGCGGCAAGACGUACCGGCACGCGGGCAGCUUGGCCAAUCACAAGAACCUCCACAAAAUCGGCGAGUACCACUGCAACGUGUGCAACUCCACGUACCCCAACAGGCUGGCCAUGAAGAACCACCUGCGCCUCCACUUCGCCCAGAAGAAGCACAACUGCCAGGAGUGCGGGAAGGGCUUCCGCACCCAGCGGCAGCUGGCCACACACACCACGGCGGGCCUAUGCAAGGGUCCCCAAGGUCCGGGCGCCCAGAUGGACUUCGAGUGCGACGGCUGCUGCGAAGGCUUUCCGUCGGCCGAGCAGCUCGCGGCGCACGACUGCCCCGCCCAGCACCUGCCGUCCUCGUCGUCGUCGUCGGCCGGCGGCUCGGCCAACGUCAGCGCGGAGAGGAGCUCGGCGGACCCGGACUCGGACGAGAGGCCUUACGCCUGCGACCUGUGCAGCUGCGCCUACAAGCACGCCAGCUCCCUGCUCAACCACAAGCACACGCACAAGACGGGUGACUUCCGCUGCAACUUCUGCGACAAGCCUUACACCAACUACAUGGCCCUGCGCAACCACAUGCGCAUCCACACGCAACGUAAGAAGCACAUCUGCCACACGUGCGGGAAAGCCUUCCGCCUGGCCCGCUUUCUGCGCAACCACCAGAAGGUCCACGAGGAAGGCGCCACCCCCUUCGGCUGCCCCACCUGUGGGAAGAGUUUCCAGGGGAGGUCUGGCCUGGCCCGACACCGCUGCGGGGACAACCAGGUAGGCGUGGAUAUCAGGAGGAAGACGGCCGGCGCAGCGGGAGAGGGCGACGAGUGUCGGUACACGUGUGACCAAUGCGGACGCUCCUACCGCCACGCCAGCUCCCUCCUCAACCACAAGAACACGCACACGCUCGGCAUCUAUCACUGCGCCGUGUGCCUCAAGACCUACUCAAACCUCCUGGCCCUCAAGAACCACCGUCGCAUCCACUCCGAGCUGCGGCGCCACCGCUGCCACGACUGCGGCAAGAGCUUCCGGGUCGCCUCGCAGCUCUACAACCACCGGCGGGUCCACCAGAAGCAGCGGGAGCUGACCUGCGCCUCGUGCCGCCGCGCUUUCCCCACGCAGGCCAGCUUCCGACUGCACAUGGAGAUCAGCCACGGCCAGGCGCCCCUGCGGCCCCCGCCCCACCGCCACCGGCCGGGCUGGGGAUCGGGCCUAGACCUGACCUUGAUGCAAGAGCGAGGCGCGGACGGCGCCGCUCGGGCCCGCGGACGGCAGGGGCCGCCCAAGGCCCACGUGUGCGACCAGUGUGGCCGCUCCUACCGCCACGCCAGCUCCCUGGUCAACCACAAGAACAGCCACAAGACCGGAAGCUUCUUCUGCAACGCGUGCCACAAGCAGUUCCCCAACCUGAUGUCCCUCAAGAACCACCGGCGCAUUCAUACCGAGCCCAAACGCUACCAGUGCCCCGAGUGCGGGAAAUCCUUCCGCGUGUCCACGCAGCUCAUCUGCCACCGCCGCAUGCACACAAAGGAAAAACCCUUCACGUGCUCGCAGUGCGACAAACGCUUCUCCUCCAAGUCCAACCUCAGGCACCACAUGAAGGUCCACUGGGUCGGCGACCCCGCGGCGCCGUCCCGCAGGGCCGCCGUCCCGCCGCCCGACUUCGGGGACGUGCCGAGCGGCGCCUUCGUUUGAACUCUGCGCGCUUCCCGUUUGCCGUGCGCGACAGACAAAACGGAAACGCGAACGCACACGCGCAAACGGGCCUCGGCCGCCCCUCUUCCCGGACAUGCCCGCUUGAGAAGACUUGAGUGACAGAUGGGCGGAGCUAAGGGAAGGAGAUGGGGUGUGGCCUUUGAGGGGGCAAGGACUUUGACCGACUUUGCAUAUGCGAUUGGACCGUGUAGGAGAUCGUCGUCGGCAACACGGGAUUGGCCGGUGAGCUGUGUGUGUCCUUUGGGAAGCUCCGCCUCCUGAUUGUGUAGAAUAGUUAGUGUUAAUGACGACAUGUGCACGCGUGUAAGUGUGUGUAGUAGCGGCAGCGCUAGUGUGUAGACGUCUUUUGAGCUGUGAUGAACCAUAAUCCUCGUGGCCCUGCGCAAAAAGGGACCUUUGUAUUUUCUAGCAUAGCUUUUGCAGUAUUUAUUGACUGGACGCUGCAGCUCUAGUUAGCGUCGUGACGGUAGCGCGCGCGUUUCACUGUUGUUUGUCCGCUGAGUUUGAGGUCCUGUGACUUUUCUAACGUCUUUUUGAUAAUUUGUUAACGUUAAACUGCUGAGGACCGAAUAUAAAUGGACGACAAACGCGCGCGACCGGACACUAACGCCGCGCGUUAGCGUCCUGUCGACAAACAUGGACAAAUGUUCGAAGUUACCGAUCAUCAAAAGAGGAAGAUGAGCGUAGAACAGGAAAUGGAAUUGUGAGGUAAAGGAUGUCGCCUCCCAGGAACGCGCGUCCUGAACGUUCUUGGUUUAAUAUAGACUGUGCUUCUUUUUACACUUGUAUGAUCGUUGUACGCAUGUCACUUUGUAUUUUGUAUUCCGUGUUUUGACAUCGAACUCGACUGUAAACUUCAUUUACACGCAUUAAAAGACUUGCACAAACGCGCGA